CUGACGACACUGCAAAGAUAAUUCUCGGGGCAGACCUUGCUUAUAUCAACCAGUUUUGAUUCAACCAUCGCACGUGCAGGAUACACGAGUAUUAUAGUACUAUUUAAUUUACUGCACCACUCAUUGAUACUAAACAAAGCAGUUACCAUGCCUUUCAAAAGAGUAUGGGACGACUCCUGUCCAAAAAUUUACGAACAGUGGGAAAAGAACGGAGCUAAUUACACCAUACAGGAUCUACAACCAGAAGAUGACGAUAUAGCAACAGAGAUGUUUCUAGAACACUUCCUGCCAGACGAAGUGAUGUGCAAUACUAAUGGUAUCCACAAAGAUGCCCUCGGUCUAGAAGAUGCUCGACUGUUUUGGAGAACCACGAUGGCUGAGAGGAUGAGCGUGGCUUGCUAUAGAGAACUGAAUGGGAAGAAAGAAAUAGUCGGUGUCAAUGCGUGUCCAGUCAAAUGUAUUGAUGAUGAAGAAAAGGAUAUAUUCAAAAGCGACUGCUUCAAGCAAGUCAUCAAUGGCAUGGUAUACGGGGACAAGAAGGCGAGUCCGUUCCGCACCCUCGGAGUGGACAAAUACCUGAGCGGCGCGGGGCUCAUGGUGCGGCGGGACGCGCGGGGGGAGGGGAUAGGGGCUAGGCUGCUCGCUGCACGAGAGCCCCUGUGCCGAAGCGUCGGCAUCACGGCCACAGUGACCAUAUUCACGGGCCCGGCAUCGCAGAAGUCGGCGGCUAAGGCCGGCUUCACAGACCUGGCGGCGCUCACCUUCGCAGAGCUAGCUGAUGCCGGCAUGAAGUACCCGAGAGAUGAGACAGUUGUGAUCAAAAUGAUGGCUAAGACUUACGAUUAACUAGAAAAAAUAUAUAAUAUACUACAGUUUUGUAGAAUAAAAUUAGCAAUUUAAAUUUAA